AUGAGCCUGAGUGGGUUAAAAGUUCAGCAGCAGAAUGCAGCCAUGUCGCGGAAAGAUAAAACCUGCAUCUUUUGGCCGUCGUGUCAUUAUUUCAUGAAAGAAGUUUUCGCCGCUAUUGGCGUACUUUCUCGCCCAGAAGGGAAAUCUUUGUCUAGCACAGCACGUCUCGAUAAGCCUCAAAUGUCAGCCAGCGACGACGAGGAGCCUCAAAUGUCGGCCAGCGACGCCGAGAAUCCUCAAAUGUCAGCCAACGACGACGACGAGCCUCCAAUGUCAGCCAGCGACGACGAUGAGCCUCAAAUGUCAGCCAACGACGACGAGGAGCCUCAAAUGUCAGCCAGCGACGACGACGAACCUCAAAUGUCAGCCAGCGACGACAAGGCCCGUCCUCCUCCGCCAUCUCAGUCCCACUUCUCCAAGUUUGACAACUUUACCCCCGAUGACGACGCGUCCUUCGACCAUGAGUUUGCCCGCCUCGCGUCGUCCCAAGACUGGGCACCUGGCUCCCAGGAAUACACCCAGGAGCGCACCAUUGCCAUGCGCGAGGAGUUGAAACUGCAUUACUUUUCGCAACCGCAGCCGCUAAGCGAUAUCGACGAAGAACUCACCGAGGAAGAGAAGCUCCAGGGAUACCAAGACCUCUGCCGCGAGGUUCGCAUACCUCCGAGCGACUCCAUCGCCGAGUGCAAGAGGCUCUUGAAAAGCACGCUGGUCAACAUCGUAGACCUGAUUGAUGCACGACGGAUGCGGAAGGAGGUCAAGGUUUGGGAUGAUUUCGACGCGUUCCGCGACUACACCCUCCAGGAUGAGCACAGGGUCAAUAUGGAGGAGGCGAAAAAGGAUGGGGGGUACCUGGCAUCAUUGCUGCAGCGCCUCGGGGGGGCAAGGCUGGGCGGCAGCAGCAGCAGCAGCAGAAGAAGAAGAAGAAGAAGCGCGAGGAGGGAUGGCCGGCAUUCUGGAGUGAUUUCAGGGCGGGUGCUCAAGGAGCGACCUUGA